AUAAAGAGCUGAGUAAUAAAUCUCCUCAGGUCUCUUCUAGUAUUAGUAUUCACGUCGUCCAAAAUGGAAAUGAUUCUUGCUUUUGUUGCAUUGAUCCUACUGCAGUCAUUUACGAGCAGUAUGGUUGAUGGUGCCGGGUUAAAGGUUGGUUACUACCGUCAUACAUGCCCUGAGGCUGAGGGUAUUGUAAGCGAUGUUGUGGGUAAAGCUGUUAGAGCGAAUCCUGGUGUGGCAGCUAAUCUAAUAAGGAUGCAUUUUCACGAUUGCUUCGUCAGAGGUUGUGAUGGAUCAAUCCUCAUCGACUCCACAGCAGGAAAUGUUGCAGAGAAAGACUCCCCUGCAAACAAUCCAAGCCUUUUAGGCUUUGACAUCAUUGAUGCAGCAAAAUCUAGAGUAGAAGCCAAAUGCCCAGGAGUGGUAUCUUGUGCCGACAUAGUCGCAUUCGCUGCAAGAGAUGGCGCCCACCAAGCUGGCGGUUUAAUGUGGGGUGUUGAAGGAGGACGAAGAGAUGGAAGGAUAUCUCGCGCAUCGGAUACUCGAGGGAAUCUGCCACCUCCUUCAUUUGACGUAAACCAGUUGACGCAACUCUUUGCCCAAAAACAUUUGUCCCAAGAAGACAUGGUUACUCUUUCAGGGGCGCACUCUAUUGGAGUUUCUCACUGUUCAUCAUUUAGUGCAGAUCGUCUAUACAACUUCAGCGGUCGUGGUGGUCAGGACCCUUCCAUGGAUGCUCGCUAUGCCCUUCAGCUGAAGGCCAAAUGCCCCGCUUCAUCUUCUUCCUCUGAUGUUGUUGUUCCUUUGGAUCCCCUCACUCCGACUAAAUUGGACGUGAAAUACUACGUCGAUUUGGAAUACAAGCGUGGAUUACUCAAGUCCGAUCAGACUUUGAUGUCAAAUGAUGCCACUUCCAGACUGGUGAAGAUUAACGCCAAGUAUCCAACCACAUGGAGGAGGAAUUUCGGGAGAGCGAUGGUAAAGAUGGGUUCUAUUGAUGUGCUGACUGGAUCGCAGGGGGAGAUAAGGAGACAGUGUCGUGUCCCAAACUAAGGCAAAAUAUAAAUAAGUUAUUGUUGCGUUACUGUAUUCAUUAUUUGACCAGGAAAGCGAAAUAAGAAGCAUAUUGCACGUAAGUGCAAAACUGUCCAAUGAAAA